UGGCGUUUGUAUAAAACCCUAUUUAUCGCGAGCGGCAUGGAGCGGGAGAGUGUGGAGCCGGACAAGAUCGACGGGGCGUUGGAGAUGAAGGCGCUCCGGAGAGUCAUUGCCACCUAUCUCAACUAUGCGAGCUCCGCAGAGGAUGAUGUGAGACGAUGGGAGCGAUCGUACUCGCGAUUACCGUCAAGGCAAAAGGAGCUUCUAAGUCAUCUGCCAAAGAAAUAUGCCGAAGUGAGGAGGUGUAUUUCAAGGAAUUUCCAUCUCAUAUCCACAAUGCUUCGGUACUUUGAGCCUCCUUUCGAAAUGAGCGACGACGAACAACAGUUUGAGCAUGUUUCCGAUGCUGGGAAUGAGGACGUUACGACUGCUGGUUGCAAAAAUCACAAGAAAGACCACGAGAAUGCAAACGGUUGGAAAGAUUGUCGUAGCGAAACGAGCGUUAGUAACAAGAGACUAGCAGUUGAAAACGAGGGAACAAAGUCUGCAGUCGAGGUGCAAGGCUCGUACGAGAUGGAUGACUUCCAUUUCGGAUCUCGAGAAAUGCCAAAUUCAACCGGUGGUUUUCAUUUUGAGGACAAUACCGACCAACACUUGCACGUCAGACCGUCAGAUGUUGAUAAGGUCCGUUGCGUUCUUCGAAACAUUGUAAGAGACUGGACAAAAGAGGGAGCUGGUGAGCGUGACAAGUGCUAUUCGCCGCUGCUACAAGAGCUUCAGUCAUGGUUUCCAAAUAUUGAUCCCGAGGCGAGACCAAGCUGCUUAGUUCCUGGAGCGGGACUGGGACGACUAGCCUUGGAGAUAUCACGACUAGGGUUCAUGUGCCAAGGGAAUGAGUUUUCAUAUUACGUGCUCAUUUGCUCGAGUUUUAUCCUUAACCAGACUGUCGAGCCGGACGAAUUUGAGAUGCACCCGUGGAUACACAGCAACUGCAACAAAAUUUCGGACAAGGAUCAGCUCCAAUCUGUACGCUUUCCUGAUGUUCACCCUGGAAGUGCAGGAAUUACUGAAGGCUUUUCGAUGUGUGCCGGUGAUUUUCUGGAGGUUUAUGGCCACGAGAGCCAAACAGGUGCCUGGGAUGCUGUCGUGACUUGCUUCUUCAUCGACACGGCGCACAACGUCGUGGACUACAUAGAAGUGAUUCACAAAGUUCUCAAGCCCGGUGGUGUGUGGAUCAAUCUGGGGCCCCUUCUCUACCACUUCGCUGAUGCUCACGAAUUCUCCUCCCACGACGAAAUCUCCAUAGAGCUGAGCUUGGAGGACGUGAAAAAAGUAGCUUUUAGCUAUGGAUUCGAGCUCAAGAAGGAAUCCACAGUGCAAAAUACAUACACUUCGUGCCCAACUUCGAUGAGUCAGCAUUUGUACUACUCGUCGUUCUGGACGAUGAUCAAACGCUGACAUCCAUUUUUCUAUCUUGUCAGCAUAAGUAUCGCGUUUUUUAGAAUAUUUACUUGAA